UUGCGUUGGGGACCGUGUGCUCUUGCUUUAACUUGUAAGCGAGCGAUACCACUCGCUACUACGAGAAUACUAAUUCGUGUUAGUUACUUAACAUAAUAUUUUAUAAUUUUGGUGGUGGAUUGCAACGAAAACUCGUACAUUCCGUAGGCCACUUGUGUGCUGUUUUUUUUGUUGUCUCCGAGACGUUCUACGAUCAUCAGAUCGCCGGCGCCCAAGUGUUUCAGUGUGUGUGACACUGCGCUUAUUUGAUAUUUUCGUUACCGUUCCAAACCACACCGCGUGAUCAUGGCCGGCAGGAGUGCAUUCAGUGACUUCGACAACAGCAGUUUCAACAAACCAUUACCCAGUAGUCCGCCUUUUGUGGCUUAUCUGGGAAAUCUACCGCAAAGAAUCACACAAGGAGAUGUUGAAGACCUUUUUCUUCAUAAUAAUUUGCAAAUUAGAAGUGUACGAUUGGUUCAUGACAAAGAGACUGAUAUAUUCAAAGGUUUUGGCUAUGUUGAAUUUGUCACUCUAGAACAUCUAAAAGAUGCUCUUCAAAUGGAUGUCUUUAUUGAAGGACAAAAAAUCAAAAUAGAUGUUGCGUCUGGAAAACGAAAUGAAAGAUCAGGAUUUGAUAGAGGUGGCAGAGGUGGCAGGGGUGGUCCUCAAGGAAGUUUUAGUGGUAACCCAGGAAUGCGCAGUAGAUCUGAUGAUUUCACUCAAAAUUCAGGUUUUUCUGGUGGUAAUUUCCGUAAUCAAAAUGGCGGUGGCAUGGGUGGAAGAGGUAAUUUCAUGGAUCAGUCUGGAGGAGGCAUGAACAGAUAUCCAGACAGUGGUUCACGAGACUUUAAUCGACAAGGAAAUAAUUCACAAUUUCCAGGAGGAAGUCGUAGUGAGCGUAGACCAGAUUUUGAAAGUUUACCACCACCACCAAAUGAUCCCGGCAGACCUAAAUUACAAUUAAAACCAAGGACUAUAAAAGAACCACUGAAUCAAUUGGCUGAUUCUACUCAACAUUCAAGUAUAUUUGGAGGAGCAAAACCUCGUGAAGAGAAAUCACUUCCUGAUGUUGUGAAGAAAACCUCACCAUCACAUUAAUACAAAUAUAUUUGUUUUGUGCCAGAUAACAUUCUAAUGGACAUUGCUUUACUGUUUACAAGAACUUGUGGUUUUUUUUUUUACAUUUUAUCAUUUUUAUACAUACCUAUAGCAAACAAUAAGUUUUUAUGUGUAUGUUGGCAAUAAGUUUAUUACCUUCACAUAAAUUGUUGUAAUGUUCAUAAGCAAAACUUUUGUGCUCUUUGAGCAUAAUGUUCACUAAAGUAUGUAUUUAUAAAUAUAUGUACACUAUAAUAAUGAGUACAAUUAUGCCCUUAACUGUACUAGUAUAGUUAAUAGUUUUAUUUUAUUUAUAUUGUAUGUGAUUAGAUAUUACAUACUAAUUAAUUGUAGUUAUUAAGUAGUUUUCAUUUUUAUUAAUACAUUAAGAAAUUUGUAUAAAAAUAUUAAUAAUAAUUGCUUAAUAAUGAUUUAUCUUAUGUCAUCUAAAAUAUUUUUUAAAAUAAAUACACAGUUUAAUAAUUUCCAAUCAUUAAAGAAUCGUGUUCAUAAACAAUAAA